AUGGAUACGAAUACAACUGCAUCUGAUUUAAGUGACAGCUUUACGGCUAAGCCCACUAUUUUCCCAAAAUCUGGAUAUAGCAUUUUAGCUUUCUUAAUGUUUUUGAAUGCUGUAUUUUCUAUUUUUAAUAACUUGUUAGUUAUUAUUGUGACCAUAAAAAAUCCUCAACUUCGCAAUCCUAUCAAUAUUUUUAUACUGAAUAUGUCAUUUUCUGAUCUAAUGAUGACACUUUUCGGCACAACUAUUGUAGUCAGCACCAAUUAUUAUGGAUAUUUCUACCUUGGUACAACUUUUUGUACUUUUCAAGGAUUUGCUGUCAACUACUUUGGAAUUGUUUCACUGUGGUCUUUGACUAUCUUAGCUUAUGAGAGGUACAAUGUUGUCUGUCAGCCAAUUGGAGCCCUGAAGCUGAGCAACAAAAGAGGUUACCUUGGCCUGGCGUUUAUCUGGAUUUUUUGUCUUUUUUGGGCUAUAGCACCAUUGUUUGGUUGGAGCUCCUAUGGACCUGAAGGUGUUCAGACCUCUUGUUCCAUUGGCUGGGAAGUGAGAUCAUGGAAUAACUACAGUUACUUGAUAGCCUAUUUUCUCACAUGUUUUAUCAUUCCAGUGGGCAUAAUUGGAUUUUCCUAUGGCAGUGUCCUUUUAUCAUUGCAUCAGCUGAAUCAAAAAAUUGAACAACAAGGAGGAACAAAAAAUCCAGAGGAGGAAGUCCGUGUUAUAAUUAUGGUUCUGUUAAUGGUGGUCGCUUUCCUCAUCUGCUGGCUGCCAUACACAGUCUUUGCACUUAUUGUUGUCUUUGAUCCAGAAAUGUAUAUUCCACCUCUUGCUGCCACUCUUCCAACAUAUCUUGCAAAGACUAGCCCUGUCUACAAUCCAAUUAUCUAUAUCUUUCUUAAUAAACAGUUCCGCAAUGGUGCUGUUCAGUUUCUUACAUGUGGCCACUUCAACCUUACGACACCAGAAGAGGAGAGUUCUACUGUAGUUGGUCCAGCUGAAAUAGUGGAAAGCAAGACAGUUUCUAAAAGCAAUCAGGUGGCUCCUUCUUAA